AUGUUCCCCAUUUUGGCAGCUCGGAAUUACAACAAUGAACACCUUCUUAUCAUUCCACCUCGUAUUGCCGAAUUUGUUGAGCCGCGAAUUGCACAAAGACAAUGGGGAUUCCUCCAGAGACAGCCACGACAGUCGCGCCACCCCCCCAAACCCUCUCUUCCCUCUCUCCUCUCCAACCCACACAACCACCACCCACCGGCCACCACCGCACCCGCCGACCACCCAGAACCCGCCGCCACACCACCCACCUCCCUCCUACCCCCUCUUUUUUCUUCUUCUUUCCAUCUUCUCCCACCACCGCCGCUGCCCCCCACCCCUCCGCGAUCGCCGCCAUCGCACCGCCACAGCAGCCGCGCCACCUCCAACCACCACCACCCUCACCCCCCGUCCCAACCCCCCUACCCCCUACCCCUACCUGUCCCGAAGACCCCGCCCCCUAACCCGCUGCCACCACCACCACGACAUCCUCCGCCGCCGCGCCGGACGCCACCACCACCACCCCCAGCCGUCUCUCUGCCCCAUUCUCCUUCUUAG